UCCUGCAACACCAACGGCGUCGGCCGGAAAUUUGACGGAGAUGUGUUGCAACGACGUUUGAAAGGCGACUUGAUCUCAUCACUGCAACAGCUAUUCGAUCUCCCAACUCAAACAAAGGUCCAAAACAAGUCCUCUAAGCCCCUCUACGGCUACGUCGGCCAAAUCCCCUUCCUUCCUCUCUACGAAAGCAUGGGCAUCGACGACGCCCACACCAUCCAAGGAAUCCAAAAUUUCUCUAACGUCAUGUGGCAUAAUGGAAACCCCGCCUUCGAUGAAAAUCUUGUGGUGUACACAAAGUUGGCGGCGGAGGUGGAGAGGAUAGCAGUGCGAAUGGUGUGCGAGAGCUAUGGUGUCGGAAAACACUACGACUCAUACGUGGAAUCUGCAAACUACCUGUGCAGAGUGAUGAAGUACAGAGAGCCUAAGAUUGGUGAAAACAAAAUGGCAUUUGUGACACACACAGACAAAAGUUUUAUGUCAACUAUCCAUCAAAAUCAAGUUGAUGGUCUCCAGAUUAAAGCCAAAGAUGGUGAAUGGUUCACCGUUCAUCACCUCUCUCCCUCCUCCAUCAUCGUCAUGGCUGGUGAUGCAAUUAUGGCAUGGAGCAAUAAGAGGAUUAAAUCCCCCCAUCACAGAGUGACAAUGGAGGGAAACGAAGCAAGAUACUCGAUCGCUCAAUUCUCAUUCAUGGAGAAAGAUAUGGUGGCGACGCCCGAUGAAUUUGUGGACAAAGAUCAUCCACUGCAAUACAAGCCAUUUGAUCACCUCAAAUUUCUUGAUUUUUUCAGCCAAGAAGAGAACCGAAGGCUGGAGAGUGCUAUCACAACCUAUUGUGGCGUUUCACAGUAAUGCCAUUUCCCAACUGUUUUAAUAAAUUGUGUGCAAGGAAACUAAAUAUGGUAUUGGUGUGUAUUGGUUUUCAUUGUUGGUUUGCAACUUAAUUAAUUAUAAGAGUUUUUGUUUUGCAAAAAUGUAAGUGUGCGGGGCUAUAUACCUUCUUGUACUUGCUGUUUGGAAUAAUAAAAUUUCAACUACUAUUUGUUUUGGAA